CUGCACUGCACGAUUCUAUUUUUCAGCUACACACACAUUCUGAAAUAUCAGCAAGUAAAAAUAUCAAUUAUCAAUAUGUCCAGUAAAUCAGGAGCUACAGGAGCGGUCACUUGGGUUACUUCAACUGCUGGGAACCUCGUAUCCGGCGUGACCAACACUGUCGGCGGAGUCGUUGGCGCAGCAGGACGCGGUGUAGGAGAGACCGUUAAUGGAGUGACAGGCAAGACAGGAAAGCCAGUCGGUGAUGGCAUCAAAGACGUGGCGGAAGGAGUUGAGGGUGGUGCUGCUAGAGUUGCGAGCGGUGUGAAGAGAGCUGGAGAGGGGGAGCAUGGACCGUUGAGAUGAGGGUUGAGGAGAUGGAGGUGGUUGGGACCUCAGUUGUUUGCUCACCUGAAAUCAUGUUGCCUUUAUCAGCUCCGUGUUCUGCGUAGUGUACGAAUGAAGCGAGCCCUUUUUUAACCAUUCGAUAUUAUCCAGAUCCCCCAAAGGAUGACGAACAAUAUGCUUGCCCUAUUGCAAAAAGCUCAGUCAACUCUUCAGCAGC